CCGUCGGGGCCCGGGCAGCCGGUUUUCAGCCAGUCCUUGCCUGCGAUCUAUGGGCGAGCGCCUGCGCCACUUACCGGCUAAAUUUCGCCAAUGUAGACGUACGAGAGAUGGAGGUAUUUGACUUUAUCGUCGAUAGAGGCCCGGCGUCCUUACCGCCCAUCGACAUCUUACACGUGUCGCCGCCGUGUCAAGUGUGGAGCCCGGCGCAUACGCGAGUCGGACGAGACGACGACGCAAACCUCGCCGCGCUCUUCGCGACGGCGCAGAUCCUGCGCGCGUUGCGGCCGCGCUUCGCUACAGCCGAGCAGACCUUCGGCAUCCACCACGCUCGCUUCCGGGCGUAUUUCCACGCAUUUAUAGCCGCCUUCACUGCUCUCGACUAUUCGGUCGCUUACCGCGUGGUUAACCUCGCCGAAUGGGGGGUCUGCCAGCCCCGUCGCCGCCUCAUCGUCAUCGCUGCCGAGGUCGGUGAGCGCCUGCCCCCGUUCCCCCAGCCGACGCAUGCGCGAGAUGGUGGCCCUCGCGGACGAGGGGGAAGAGGCUUGCCCGGAUUCCUCACAAUCCGGCAGGCGUUGCGCCCGCUCGAAAUCCGGGAGCGACGGGGAGCGCAGAUAACACUGCACGACGUGCUAGCCGCGUCGGACCGCGCCGCCCGCGUGCCGACACGCUUCCCGCGCCCGCCGUACGACGCGGACCGCCCGCUCCAGCGCACAAUGACGACGGACGGUGGCGGCAAUUACCAUCCAACCGGGACACGAGACUUCACCUUACGAGAAUACGCUUGCAUUCAGGGAUUCCCAGUCGGGUACCAGUUCGCAGAGCCCGGGAUUCGAAAACAGAUCGGUAACGCGUUCCCGCCAACCGCUGUCGAGGUUCUAUAUCGGCACCUGCACCAGUGGCUACGCGAAGUUGACGGGGUGGUUGGGAGCGAAAGAGAGCAGCUGGGUAGGAGGCCCGCCGCCGCCGACGGUGACUUGGUCAUGCUAGACUACGAUCCAAGGUUGGUGGUCGCGGUAGACGACGACGACGAUGACGACGACAGCGAUGAUGACGUUGUGAUAAUAGAUCGCGUCUCGAGGUCGCGGUCGAGUUCGACGAGUUCGGCAACUCUCUCAAUUGGGAGCGGAGUUGGCGCCGAAUAACGAGAUUAAGGCAAUAGCCUAAGUAACCAGGGCGGUCGCUCUAUGCAGACGGGUCAUGUGAUAUUGCGUGCAUUACACGGACUUGGCGACAUACAACCACCUUAUCCGCGUCGAUGUCAUACCCCGGAACUCCUCAUCCUCUCACAUCCCCAACAUACGAGUAGGGACCUACAUCGACGUGAUACGCGGUCUGUCUCUCUUAAUAAAGAGAU